AUGAAAGCGUUCUCAUCUUACGAUGAGAAACCACCAGCACCACCGAUUCGUUUCAGCAGCUCAGCAACACGGGAAAAUCAGGGUAUCGCUCCCUCGCCAACAACUUUCGUAGAGUCUUCUUCCAAAUCAGAUGAUGCACGUGUUCCACCCCCAAUCUCUCUUUUUUCCAUCUCCCCUCCUCCUCUGAUGUGUUUGACUAACUCAAUUUUUCAGGUCGUCGGAUUGAAGCCAUUGCCCAAAGAGCCAGAAGUAACGAAAAAGAAGAAGACGAUGCCUAACCCGUUUAUGAAAAAGAACAAGGAUAAGAAGGAGGCAGCAGAGAAGCCAGUGAUCUCAAGACCCAGUAAUUUCGAGCACACAAUUCAUGUCGGCUACGAUCCCAAAACCGGAGAAUUCACUGGAAUGCCAGAAGCAUGGGCUCGUCUUCUCACAGAUUCGCAGAUCUCAAAGCAAGAACAACAACAAAAUCCACAAGCCGUUCUUGACGCUCUCAAAUACUACACACAAGGAGAAAGCAGCGGUCAGAAAUGGUUGCAGUACGAUAUGAGGUUUAUAAAUGAUGCCCCACAACGGACACCGUCGUAUGGAUUGAACCCACAACCGAAUAGAACAUCUUCUCUCCCAUAUCAUGGCAAUAAAAUUCACGAUCCACGAACGAUGAACUCUAUGACAACGAGUAUCAAUAACUUGGGAUACCACAGCAAGCCAGAAAUCCCUCCAAAUGUAUUCAAUGUCAAUGAAAAUCGAUCCAGUAUGCCUCCGGAAAGGGGACCAAUAUUGUUCCAAAAUUAUGCACCACCUCCAGUCCCACACGGAGAAUCACCAGCGGACAUCAUUCCACCAGCAAUUCCAGACAGACCGGCACGGACGCUGAGCAUCUACACAAAACCCAAGGAGGAGGAAGAAAAGAUUCCGGAUCUUUCCCUCCAGAAUGGUCAAUUCGGAGUUCAGGCUCGUGGUCCAAAAGGGAAGAAGAAGAUGACGGACGCUGAAGUUCUCGCUAAGCUUCGAACAAUUGUCUCUAUUGGAAACCCAGAUAGAAAAUACAGAAAAGUUGACAAAAUCGGGUCGGGAGCUUCAGGAUCAGUGUACACUGCUAUUGAAAUCAGCACAGAAGCAGAAGUCGCUAUCAAGCAGAUGAACCUGAAAGAUCAGCCGAAGAAGGAGUUGAUCAUCAACGAAAUCCUGGUGAUGCGUGAGAACAAGCACGCCAACAUUGUCAACUACUUGGAUUCGUAUUUGGUUUGCGAGGAGUUGUGGGUUGUGAUGGAGUAUCUAGCCGGAGGAUCACUCACGGAUGUUGUCACGGAGUGUCAAAUGGAGGAUGGAAUUAUUGCUGCAGUGUGCAGAGAAGUGCUGCAAGCUCUUGAGUUCCUGCACAGUCGUCAUGUGAUUCACAGAGAUAUCAAGUCGGACAACAUUCUACUUGGAAUGGAUGGUUCUGUCAAAUUGACUGACUUUGGUUUCUGUGCUCAACUGUCACCGGAACAAAGAAAACGCACGACGAUGGUCGGAACUCCAUACUGGAUGGCCCCGGAAGUGGUGACCCGCAAACAAUACGGACCAAAAGUCGAUGUGUGGUCUCUGGGUAUCAUGGCUAUCGAGAUGGUCGAAGGGGAACCACCAUACUUGAAUGAGAACCCAUUGAGGGCCAUCUACUUGAUUGCAACCAAUGGAAAGCCAGAUUUCCCGGGAAGAGACACAAUGAGUCCAGUGUUCAAGGACUUUGUCGAUUCCGCACUGGAAGUGUUAGUGGAGAAACGUUGGUCGGCCAGUCAACUACUCACUCAUCAGUUCCUCCGUUGUGCCAAACCACUAGCAUCGCUGUACUAUCUGAUCGUCGCCGCCAAGAAAAGCAUCAAUGAGGCGAACAACGCAUAA